AGUUAUACUCUUCCUUUGCUUCUGAUUUGCGCAUUCUGAGAAUUUCAUAUAGCAAUAACUUGUUUUGUCCCGAUUUUUUAAAAAUACAGUUUAUAUAGGUUCCAUCAAUACAAUAUUUAGUUCGCAAAUACUUGAUGGACUUCACUUUUUAACAAGGAAACAAUUUAUAUUUUCGGUAAUUGGUCACCAUGAAUGAGCGAUAAUAUAGUACCAUGGCACGAUUUCGAGCAUCUAAGCUAUCAGUCAUUGUAUUGACUACUUUUGCUUUAAAUUUAGCUAUAAUAUCUUUUAUUGGCCUCACAUCUUAUUGGAAAAUAUCUUCAGUUAUACAUCAACUAUCUCCACCUCCAGGUAAAAGCUUGCUUGAAGCUUUAUCGGAGACUCACACCGUGUCCAGGCUGCUAUCAUCGCUAAAACAUAGAGGUCUAGUUCGCAUAAAAUCCGAAACCGUUGGUAGAUUAUUCUCUAUCGGAAGGAAUGGAUUAUCAACUUUUAACGUUGACGUGUCACAGAAUGGCGAGAUGUUAUUUAUUUACAAAAGUAAGCAAAAAAUUUACAGUUACCUUCAAAGUGAAUUUCUUUUUUUGUAAACAAUAAAUACUGUCAUAUUAAUCUUAGACAACACUAACAAGACCCUAAAGUACAAAUUUGUUUCAAGAGAGCAAAUGUUUAAAAUAGUUAAAGUAAUUAAUAAAUUCUAAAGUGUUUUUUCGUGCUAAACUGUUCUUCCAUGGUAUUUUUAAUAAUAAGAAUUAUAUUGUCAAUGAACAGGAAUACUUCAAAAAAACAUGAUGGAAAAGCGAGAUUUUAAUAAGCUUGUUAUAGACGUUGGGGCCAAUGAUGGCAUAUUGUCAAGCAAUUCUUUUAAUUUCAUAGAAUUAGGCUGGAAUGCAACUUUAAUUGAACCAAUAACUUCUCAAUUAAAUAUUGCAAAGAUUAACCAUGAAAAUAUAAUUGAUCCUUAUAAUGAUGGAAGUCAAAAAAUAAUUUAUGUGCCAGCCGCCUUGACUGAAGAAACUGACGGUGAUAUUGAAAUGGCUAUGGGAAGAGAUAGCGUUCAAAUGGAGAAUUUUCGCAUAAAUACUGGAAUAAGAAGACAUGGAGGGGAAAAGGUCGUGGUGGUUAAUGGAAUUUCGGUUGGAAAUUUCGUAAAAGCUCACAACAUACCCAAAAAAUUUGCCCUCCUUUCAGUAGACACAGAGGGAACCAGUGAUAAAAUAUUACUAAAAUUUCUUACCUUGGGAUAUCGACCAUCUUUCAUCAUCUGUGAAAUAAUACAUAAUAGAAUUCCUGCGAAGAGACUAGUUAGAAUAUUAGAGUCAAAGUUCAGUUAUAAAUUAUUGAGUCAAAUGGGUUGGAAUCUAAUUUUUGAAGAGAAAUAA